CCCGUCAGUGUGCGGCGCGUGAGCUGCGUGAGGCCGGGAGGCGGACCGUCAAAUGUUUAUGCACGUAAUGGCGGCGGACAGGCUGUGAUGAGCCACGGCGAAAAAAACACAGCCAGCGUUCCAGCUAUCGGUCAAUCUCCACACAGGCGAGACGGAAGAGCACGAAAAUGCAGAUCACACUGAAGACUCUCCAGCAGCAGACGUUUAAAAUCGACAUCGAUGGGGAGGAAACGGUAAAGGCCUUAAAGGAGAAAAUUGAGAAUGAGAAGGGCAAAGACAGUUUUCCAGUGGCAGGGCAGAAGCUGAUUUAUGCAGGUAAAAUCCUGAAUGAUGACAUGGCUCUUAAAGAGUACAAGAUCGAUGAGAAGAACUUUGUGGUUGUGAUGGUAGCAAAGCCUAAAGCGGCACCUGCAUCGGCCUCUUCCUCUGCUGCCACGGUGACCAGCGGCGCUUCCUCCAGCACUACAACGACCCCGAGUCCUUCUACUGCCCCGGCUGUACAAACCCCCUCUGAGAGCCCCCCCAAAGACGACAAACCUGCCGAGGAGAAACCGGCCAGCAGCGCACCGCCCCCCUCUACGCCCACCAGUUCCCUGUCAAACGCAAAUAUAUUUGAUGAUGCGACAUCUGCGUUGGUGACAGGUCAGUCGUAUGAGAACAUGGUGACCGAGAUCAUGCUGAUGGGCUACGAGAGAGACAGAGUGGUGUCGGCGCUGAGAGCCAGUUUCAACAAUCCUGACCGUGCCGUCGAGUACCUGCUCACGGGUAUUCCUGCGGAGAGCGAGGGAAGUGUUGGAGGUGCUGCUGACCCUGUGCUUCCUUCAGGUGACGCUCCUGUUGUGUCCGCUGGCCUCUCUUCCCCAUCGAUCACUGCCCCAUCACAGCCCAGCACAGGAUCAGGGGCGAAUCCUCUGGAGUUCUUGAGGAACCAGCCACAGUUCCUUCAGAUGAGACAGAUCAUCCAGCAGAACCCGUCUCUCUUACCAGCUCUACUACAGCAGAUCGGCCGAGAGAACCCGCAGCUCCUGCAGCAAAUCAGCAGCCAUCAGGAGCAGUUUAUCCAGAUGCUGAAUGAGCCUAUCCAGGAGGCGGGACAAGGAGGAGGUGGGGGUGUGGGUGUGGGUGUGGCCGAGGCAGGAGGUGGACACUUGAACUACAUCCAGGUCACACCCCAAGAAAAAGAAGCUAUUGAGAGGCUAAAAGCCUUGGGAUUCCCAGAAGGACUCGUUAUUCAGGCCUACUUCGCUUGUGAGAAGAAUGAAAAUUUGGCUGCAAACUUCCUUUUACAACAGAACUUUGAUGACGAUUAGAGGAGGAACCGGCUUCUCUCAUUGUCUCCCCAUUUCUAAUGUUUUUCCUAUUGAUUGAUCGUUUUGGAAAAGAAAACCUAUACAAAUGCAGACACACAGGCUGUCAUAUUCUGUCUAAAUUUUACACACUAUGAAAUCAGUAAAUGCAUAUUUGCUUCAUCUAACAUUUGCCCGUGUGCUACCUGUUUAUUUUUCUUUCUUUUUUUUGUGACCAAUAAAGAGUGUUAUCCUCCAUCUUCAAGA